AUGGAGAAGGGACGUGCCAUUAUAUUCUACUUCUUCCUCAUCUUCACUCUUCUUGUUUCCUCUUUCUCUCUUCUUGUAGUUUCUGAUCAAGAAGCAAAUAAUCACAAGAUUACUGCUGUGUUUGCUUUUGGUGAUUCAACUUUAGAUCCAGGGAAUAACGAUGGAUUGACAACUCUAAUGCAUGCUGAUCACCUUCCAUACGGUCGUGACUUCCAAGGUGGUAUCGCUACAGGUCGUUUCACUAAUGGUAAACUCGUUACAGACAUGAUCCUUUGCCUCUGCCGGUUCCGGAUUGGACAACAUGACUGCCGAUAUAAGUUCUGUUAUCAAAAUAAUCACAAUAUUACUGCUGUCUUUGCUUUUGGUGAUUCAACUUUAGACCCAGGCAAUAACGAUAGAUUGACAACUUCAAUGCGAAGUGAUCAUCCACCAUACGGUCGUGACUUCCAAGGUGGUAUCGCUACCGGCCGUUUCACUAAUGGCAAACUCGUUACAGAUAUGAUUGUCUCGAGUCUAGGGAUUAAGGAUUCGGUGCCAGCCUACCUUGAUCCCAAGAUCACCAAUCAUGACUUGCUCACCGGUGUCAGCUUUGCCUCUGCUGGUUCCGGAUUGGACGAUAUGACUGCCAAUAUAGGAAGUGUUAUGCACAUGUCGACUCAAUUGGCCGAUUUUCAGAAAUGCUUAACUCAGAUCCAGGCUACAGUAGGCAAUGCCACUGCAGCUGAUAUAAUCCAGAAUGCCAUAUUCACAGUUGGUGCUUCAACCAAUAAUAUGUUGUUUAACUAUUACGAUAUACCCACAAGGAGGGCGGAGUAUUCGUUGUCGGGUUACCAGGAUUUCCUUCUCAGAAACCUUGAGACUUUUGUCAAGGUGCUGAACGAGCUUCUCUCCCUAACUUCAGAAAUCUCCAAUGUCUUGUUGCAAAUAGCUGCUCUUUGGUAA